UUGUUGGCGAAAUAAUGAAUGCACUGCCAAACAACACACACACGCAACCAGAACAGCGCAAACCACGUGAUGUUGGGGUGCAGUGCUGCCGCGUCGCGGCUGUGGCGAGCUGUGGCGGCAGGGAGCAGGACACCCUUGGGCGGUGCAGCAACAGCAGCAAGGGGCGGUAGCGUGACACACUGCUGCGCCUGCUGCCGUCGCGUAGCAUCAACAGGGAAGGAAAGCAAAGACCAGAAGCAGCAACAGCAGAGCAGCAACAAGCAGCAAGCCAAGAAGCAGAAGAAGGGCAACAAGCAGAAAGAUGGGAGCAUGUUCAGUGACACGCUUUGUCUGCCUCAGACGGCGUUCCCCAUGCGCGCAAACGCAGCCACGCGAGAGCCCAUGAUCCAGGAGAACUGCUUCAAGGGCGUGUAUGAGGAGCUGGCAGCGCGCGAUGGCCCCGCCUUCAUCCUGCACGACGGCCCGCCCUUUGCCAACGGCAACCUGCAUAUGGGCCACGUCCUCAACAAAGCCCUCAAGGACAUGAUCGUGCGCUACAAGGCGAUUCGAGGGCACCGCAUCUCCUUCGUGCCAGGGUGGGACUGCCACGGCCUGCCCAUCGAGGCAAAGGCCGUCACGUCAACAUCGGCCAGCAGUGGCACAGCGGAUGCCAGCAAGCCCAAGGGGCUCACCAUCGCCUCAGACCCGCGCCGCAUCAGGAAGGCUGCGCGGAAGCUGGCCGAGGGCGCCAUCAAAGAGCAGAAGACCGACUUUGUCAGGCUUGGCGUCAUGGCCGACUGGGACCACCCGUAUCUGACCCUGCAUCCGCAGUACGAGGCAGACCAAGUCGCGCUGUUCCUUCGCAUGAUGCAGGCGGGCAUGGUGCAGCGCAGGUACCGGCCCGUGUAUUGGUCGCCGUCCUCACAGACGGCGCUGGCAGAGGCGGAGAUUGAGUACGACGAGCACACGAGCACCUCCAUCUUUGUGCGGCUGCCUCUCGUUGUAGGCGACUCCCUCAAGCGAGCCAUCACCAGCAGCGACGGCGCAGCGAACACAGCAGCGGCAGCCGCCACCUCUACCACUCCUGUCAAUGUGUCUGCUGUCAUCUGGACAACGACACCCUGGACGCUUCCGGCCAACCAGGCCAUUGCCGUCCACAGCGACCUUGGCUAUGUGCUGGUGCAGGAAACGAAAGCCGGCGGCGAUGUGAUGGUGGUCGCGGAGGCGUGCCUCGACAGGUGCCGAAAGUUCCUUCCAGAGGGCACCACGCGCAUCAUUGGACACAUCCAAGGCCGUGAGCUGCUGGACUCUUCGUAUCGCCAUCCAGUGUGGGAGGGCCGCACGUGCCCCGUCUUCCACGCCGACCACGUCACCAGCGAUGCAGGCACUGGCGUCGUGCAUAUGGCGCCCGCGCAUGGGCUGGAGGAUUACCACGCGUGCGCAGCAAAUGGGAUGCAGAUCGACCUCAACCUCGUCGAUAACACUGGACGGUACACGCAGGACGCGGGCGACGCCCUCCAAGGCCUUGAGGCGAUGGGUGCCGGUGGGAAGAAAGUGCUGGAGUUGCUGCAAGAGGGCAAUCGCCUGCUGCAGCAGGAGGCGUUUCAGCACCGCUACCCGCUGGACUGGCGGACCAAGAAGCCCAUCAUGCUCCGCGCGACGCAACAGUGGUUCGCCCAGCUGCAGGACAUCAAGCACGCCGCACUUGCCGCCCUCGACAACGUGCAACUGGUGCCGGAGCAAGGCCGCACCCGCCUGUCGUCCAUGCUGGGCCUGCGGGACGAGUGGUGCGUGAGCCGCCAGCGGGUGUGGGGCGUCCCCAUUGCUGUGUUCUGCCGCGACGACACGGGCGAGGCGCACCUCAGCAGCGAAUACGUCGACCACAUUGUCAACGUCAUCGCCACGCACGGAUCAGAUGCAUGGUGGACGCUUCCUGAUGAUGAGCUGUUUCCUGAGUACAUGCGCGAGCCGGGCGUGACAUAUUCAAAGAGUGCGGACACAAUGGACGUGUGGUUUGACAGCGGCACGUCGUGGAAUGCGGUGACGGCGCGCGCGCACGGACGCGAAGCAACAGCAGACGUGUACUUGGAGGGAUCAGACCAGCACCGUGGGUGGUUCCAGUCGUCCCUACUCACGAAGAUCACAGAUGAUGUGACCACGGGCCGCACCCCCACCGCUCCGUUCAAGACCAUCAUCACACACGGGUUUGUGCUUGAUGAGGAGAACCGCAAGAUGUCGAAAUCGCUCGGGAACGGCGUUGAUCCGCGCAUUGUCAUCAACGGCGGGCCAAACCUCAAGAAGGAGCCGGCGUACGGGGCGGACGUGCUGCGCUUGUGGGCAGCGAGCACCGCGUACCAACACGACGUGAACAUUGGCCCGUCUACGCUCAGCAUCACAGCCGAGAACCUCCGCAAGAUCCGCAACAGCUGCAGGUUCAUGCUCGGCAACUUGGCGGAUUUCUCGCUGGAAACGGACGCCGUGUCCGAUCUGAGCGAUCUUGACAAAUACAUGCUCCAUCGCAUCUCGCAGCUUGACGCUGGCAUGCGCGCGAGCUACGAGUCGUACAACUUCCUCCGCGCGACGCAGGACUUGCUCAACUUCAUCAACACAGACCUGUCGUCCUUCUACUUUGAAAUCUCCAAGGACCGGUUGUACUUGUCUUCGCCCACUGGCGCCUCUCGCCGCGCCGCCCAAACAGUCGUACAUCACAUCCUCGACUUUGUCGUCCACGCCGUUAGCCCUGUUGCCUGCCACCUGGCAGAGGAGGUGCACCACUUCCGCUCUGGCGUGGAUCCGUCCGCGACGAAAGCAUGCGGAAGUCUUCUGCAGAACAGCGUGUGGGGCGACCAGUUUGCCGGCUGGCAGCUGCCAAAAGCCGAGGCAGAGGCCUGGGAGGCAGUGCGGGACGUGCGCAAGCGGGUCUUCCAGCACAUUCAAGAUGCACGAGAUGCAAAGGUUGUGACGAGUUCGCUGGACAGCGAGGUGACCAUCAGGGCCGCCCGGCCGUUGGCGCAGCAGCUGUCGCGCCUCCAGGAGACCCCGCUCUAUUGGGACGACUCGCUGCUCAACGCCAUUCUCAUGACAUCCGCCGUGCACGUGGAGGAGCAGGCAAGCGCAGCAGCAGCGGCAGUAGCAGGAGGGGAGGUGGCGAGCGAAAGUGUUGAUGUGUGUGUUGAUGUGCGGGCGUCGUCGCGGGGCAAGUGCCCGCGCUGCUGGCGGUUCAUGGCCGUGGACAACGCCACGCCAUGCACGCGCUGUCAGCGAGUCCUCGCUGGCAUGCCUGCAUCAUCCACACCACCAACCCCAGCGACAGCGGCGGCGGCGCAAUAGCACCUGCUUCGGUUUAGAAGAGAGAAGGAAGGGCAGAGGAGAGGCGGGGGAGGUGUUGUGACAUGAGACAUGACAUGAUGGUCUCGUUGUGUGAGCCAUGAACGCGUGCACGACAUGGUAGGUUCGCCUUGGCUCACCACCAACAACAACAUAAAUUCGGGACAACACGCA